AUGUUUAGAUUAGCUGUUCGUGCAACUCGUACUCCCAUUUUAAGAGCCCCGUUGGCUUCAAAUUUUGUGAAACCAAUUCGUUUUUACGCCGUUGCUCCAAUUACAAAAGAUGAAGUUACUGCCCGUGCUUUCGAAGCUUUGAAAUCUGUCACCGCAUUACAAGAAUCCAAGCUUUCUUUGGAUGCUUCCUUUCAAAAGGACCUUGGAUUAGACUCCUUAGAUACCGUCGAAGCUUUAGUUGCGUUGGAAGAAGAAUUUGAUUUGGAAAUUCCUGACAAAGUUUCUGACGAAAUCAAGACUGUUGGAGAUGCUGUUGAGUACAUCUUUGAAGAAGAGCAAAAGUUGUAA